CAUGUUUUGGCUUUUACCGUGUUUCGCGGUUUAUUCUUAUUAAAUUAUAAAUUAAUUGUUUAGUUUUCAUAAUGUUGGCACCUAUAAAACAUUUAUUAAACAACUAUCGCAUAGUUCUUGCAAGUGGGUCCCCACGACGCAAAGAGUUAGUGCAAAUGCUGGGCCUCAAUGCAGAGCUCUGCCCUUCGACAUUUGAAGAGAAUCUGGAUAGGGCAGAAUUCAAAUCUUUCUCCGACUACAUAGAGGCGACAGCCUUGGGCAAGGCAGAGGAAGUUUAUCAGCGCCUAAACAACGACGGCGACGGCCGUCAGCUGAUUGUCAUAGCGGCCGACACAAUGGUUACGCUUGGAAACGAGAUCUUUGGAAAGCCCAAGGAUGCAGAUGAUGCUGUGCGCAUGCUGACAAAGCUCUCCGGCGCCUGCAAUCGUGUCUUUACGGGCGUUGUCCUGAAGCAUUCGAAUGGCGUUCGGCAAUUCACGGACACGGCGGACGUUUACUUUGGCCAGCUGACAGAGGAGCAGAUCAGGAGCUAUGUCGACAGCGGCGAUCCACUCGAUAAGGCAGGCAGCUAUGGGGUGAACGGUCCGGGUGGUGCUCUAAUACCUCGCAUCGAUGGUGAUUUCUACUGUGUGAUGGGCCUGCCACUGAAUCGUCUGUGCUGCGAGCUGAACAAACUUUUUCUGGAGGAUCUUUAGUGUGU